GAAGACGUUAGAGUUGUCCUUGUUAAAAUGCUCCUUGGAAUUGGCAGGAAUUAUUACUAUAAAGGGUUAACGCUUCUUCCGGACACCAACCGCCUAUCAGAGUGCGAGGAUUCUAUACGGAAGUACCGCGGUGACGGCCAGCCAAUCAGACGCGCCACUCCCCUCAGAUGGAAGUGAACCGUACGGACUUCUACAUCGGUCUCUCUCUGGCGGUGAGCUCGAGCGCUUUCAUCGGCGCAAGUUUCAUCCUGAAGAAGAAAGGCCUGCUGCGAUUGGCCAGCAAGGGGUCCACGCGAGCAGGUCAGGGGGGGUAUGCCUACCUGAAGGAAUGGCUGUGGUGGGCAGGCCUCAUUUCAAUGGGAACCGGAGAGGCCGCUAACUUCGCCGCGUAUGCAUUUGCGCCGGCCACUCUGGUGACUCCUCUCGGAGCGUUGAGUGUACUUGUAAGUGCUGUGCUGUCCUCGUACUUCCUGAAUGAGAGGCUGAACGUACACGGGAAGAUUGGCUGCCUGCUGUGCGUCCUGGGCUCCACAGUGAUGGUGAUCCACGCCCCACAGGAAGAGGAGGUUGCUUCUCUCAGCGCCAUGGCUGAGAAGCUCACAGACCCAGGUUUCAUUGUGUUUGCUGUGUGCGUUGUGGGGAGCAGCCUGGUUCUUAUCUUUGCUGUGGCGCCGCGGUUUGGACAGAAGAAUGUGCUGGUCUACAUCCUGAUCUGCUCUGUGAUUGGCUCCCUCUCUGUGUCUUGUGUCAAGGGCCUGGGCAUUGGCAUUAAGCAGCUGUUUGCCGGUACAGCAGUGCUGAAGGAACCCCUCUUCUGGUCGUUAGUCGUCUGCCUGAUAAUUUGCGUCAGCGUUCAAAUCAGCUACCUGAACAAAGCCCUCGACAUCUUUAACACCUCCAUAGUCACUCCUAUCUACUACGUCUUCUUCACCACCUCGGUCAUGGCCUGCUCGGCCAUCCUCUUCAAGGAGUGGUUGAGUAUGACCACUGAUGGAAUAGUGGGAACAAUUAGCGGGUUCCUCACUAUCAUUCUGGGGAUCUUCCUCCUCCAUGCCUUCAAGGACAUCACAUUCAGCUGUGAUUCCCUUCCACUCUACCUGAGGAAGGGUCCUCAGGGCUUUCCACGGGGGCAACAGCCUUACGUGGCUCUUCCCAGCCACGAAGUUCAAGCACAGGAUGAGACAAAGCUACCCAGAGAGGGAAGCUCGAAGGGGGGCUGGGGUACGCACCAGAGAGCGCCUUAAAGGGGACCAGAAGCCUUGUGAAAAAAAUGCUUUAUGCAGUUCUGAAGCUUUAAUUCACAUCAGAGCUUUACUAAAAUAUCAAGUCUCUCUUACUCAAAACAUUUUGCACUGGAGUUGCCUAAUGUGAGAAUGUUCUUAUCAGCACACUGGAUUUGAUGCAAUGGUACUUUCCUGGUUUGUACAUGAUGUUACAUGUUUCAGAAUUAGAGCUGCAGUGAUUAAACAAUGUUGUAUUUUCAUAACCUUUUUAAUGAUGUUUGAGUUUGUUGUUUGAGAAAACAAAAGUCAGAAGACUAUGAUUCCAGCUUCUUAAAUGUAGUUUUUAUCUGAUUUAUUUGCUCCUCAUGACAGUAAAGUAAAAUAUUUCUGUCUUGAUAAUUAAGGAAGAUAUUUGAGGACGUCAUCUCGGGCUUUUGGAAAGACUGAUCAACAUUUUCUGACAUUUUUAUAGACCAAACAAGUAAUCGAGAAAUGAUUAACAGAUUAAUAGACAAUGAAAAUGAAUGUUAGUUGCAGCCCAGAACAAUGAGCUACAGUAAUACUUAUAUCAAUGUGAAUGUCAGCUGCACUGCUGUGUACAAAAAAAAAAAAUGAUUUAACAUUGAACAUUUUAAGGUGGGGCCUUCUGUUGCUGAAAAAUAACCGUAUAGUUUUGCACUUUUUAACCUUAUAUUUUGUACAAAUGUAAAACUUUACAGCCAGUGUUCCAUGGCGCCAAAUGUCAGAAUUGGCCACCUGUUGAAAUCCUGCUCAAAACAAAACAGGGGGGCAGCAUAUCAGCAGAGCAACCGCUAACUGUAGCCGCUUGUUAGCUCGAUUAGCCGUGCAUCUAGUGGUCCAGACUGUGAACUCAGAGGAGAGUUGGUGGUGCAGGAAUGGAUGAAUGUAAUGGGCUGUUGCAAGCUUGUUAGCAUUUUGUCUUCAGUAGAUGUAUCUGAUGCACAAUACAUAAACAUCAUGAUGUCAAAACUAAGGAUUCUUCAUAUUCUGUUCAUGAUUUUUAGUAAUUUUUUUUGAAUGCUUGCAACUAAAAUUCUUCCACGUUGCACAUUAAAAGAUGGUGUGUGAUUGCUUUGAAUACAUUUCAAUCAACUGUUGUUGAAGAACCAGUUUUCAUCAUUCCUGUUUCUGUAAUACCUCAGCACUGUAUAUAUCAACUGCACCAAAGAAUCGCUCUUUUUCUGUAUAAAUUAAUUCAUGUGCCAAAACCUGUGACGUGUCUCAAAUGUACCUGUGACUUUUUGUCAGUUUGAUAACGCUGAUUAAAACAUUACUUUUUCAGCAGA